UGGUAGAAGUGUUGUGGCCGCGGCGCGUGGAGUUUGAUGCGGCAGAUGCUGCUGGCCGCACAGCGCUGCACCUGGCGUCGGCAGGGGCAGGCAGGAGCGAGGCUCUGGAGGUUGUCAGCAAGCUGAUCAUCGCUGGCUGCAACGUCAGCGCCACUGACGCCGCAGGUUUCACAGCGGGCCACCUGGCGGCCUUCAACG